CACCACCGACUCGUCCCAAACCGCAUACACCACUCUGACUCGCCCGAUCAGGUCCUCAGGGCAAAGAUGCCAUCCGGCUAGGCCGGCGCUAACAAGCUGCGUUAUCGGAUGAUAAUGCCGUAGGCGACUGGCGGUGCUACUCUACGAUCCUCUCUGCAUUGGACUAUCACCACUAUGGAGUUAGCACUCAUCCUUCGUUCCAGCCUGAGCUCCAUCAACAAGGUAUGCCUCCUCAAAAUGAGAGGCCGACAGUGGAGGAGGGCAGUCAAAACAGGCAAGUAGCAUCAGGCUGGAGCUUUCGCUGUUGAAAACUCUGACUACGGCCGCGCUCAAAUCUUCGUCCCGCCGUUAAGCUGCAUGUGUUGAUCUGAUUCAGGGGUUGCUCGAAAAAAACAUUCCUCAGGGGCUCCAGUUCAAGUGGCGAGAAUGGAUACUGGCCGCGAACAUGACUAUAAAUGGUGCCUUGGGCGUGCUCUGCCUGGCGCCGAGGAGAUCUGGUUCACUUGAUUCUCUGUCACACAGCGUCCAAGAUGAGGGUCUUCAAGGCUCUUGCGGCCGCCCUCCUGGCUGCCAACCAGGUGAGAGCAAAGGCAGUGUUCGCCCAUUUCAUGAUCGGCAAUACCGCCCAGUACACGGUUGGCGACUUUGUUUACGACAUGCAGCUGGCUCAACAAGCAGCAAUUGACGGUUUUGCCCUCAACAUGGCUUAUAACGAGGAGGCCAAUGAUCAUUCGCUUCCGCUGGCAUUCCAAGCUGCCGCCCAGGUGCCCGGAUUCAAGCUCUUCUUCUCGUUCGACUAUGCCGGGAACGGACCAUGGCCAUUGCAAACCGUCACAGACAUGAUCAACAAAUACAGCCCCAAUGCUGCCUACUUCAGACAUUCGACUGGUCAGCCGCUUGUGUCCACCUUCGAGGGCGCGGACAAUGCACAGGACUGGGUAACCAUCAAGCAAAGAACCGGCUGUUUCUUUAUUCCUGAUUGGUCUUCCCUUGGCGCCAAAAAGGCAGUAGCCAGAGCUAAUGGGGUGGCCGAUGGGCUGUUCAACUGGGGAGCCUGGCCCGAAGGCAUUCAGCGAACCAGUUGGGAUCUUGAUGCAUCAUAUCUGAUUUUCUUGAACAAGACGCGGACAUACAUGGCGCCCGUGUCUCCCUGGUUCUUCACCAACAUGCCGGGCUACAACAAAAACUGGCUGUGGCGUGGCGACGAGCUCUGGUUCGACCGGUGGCAGCAGCUCUGGUCGCUGUCGGUUGUGGGGGCGGAUCAGUGGCCUGGACAACCCGAGUAUCUCCAGAUCAUCUCGUGGAAUGACUAUGGCGAGUCACACUACAUUGGUCCCCUGAACGACAAAGCCUACGUUGCCUUUGGUCCGACCACGGGCAAAGCUCCAUUCAACUAUGCCCUGGGAAUGCCCCAUGACGGAUGGCGACACCUGUUGCCCUUCAUGAUCAACAUGUGGAAGACCGGAACCGCCUCGGUGACUCAAGAGGCUCUGGUGGCCUGGUAUCGUCUCACUCCCGGGCGGGCAUGCGACGCUGGUGGAACGUCUGGCAACACGGCAGCGCAGCUCCAGACCGAGGUGACGCCGUGGAGUCUGGCCCGAGACAAGGUCUUCUUUGCGGCCCUGAUUACCAGCCCUCACUUUCCCCGCGUGACGAUUGGAGGCAGAACCCAGGUUGUCUCGUGGACUUCGGGCCCCGAUAAGAGCGCAGGCACUGUUGGUAUCUACUAUGGCAGUGUUGACUUCGAGGGAGCAACUGGCGAUGUGCUGAUUGAGCUUGUCGACUCGUCCGGUGCCGUCGUCGCAUCCUUGAAAGGAGCUCCCAUCUCGGCCACAUGUCCCAACGGGGUGCAGAACUGGAACGCCUGGGUCGGCAGCGCCGUUGGCAACCGGGCCAUCUCGCCCACGUCGCCCAAGUAUCCCCUCUCCAAACAGUCAUGCGUUGAAGGAAGUGGCUCCAAGUUCGAGUUCAAUCUCUUGUGCAAAUAUUCGUGCGCUCUCGGAUACUGCCCGCCAGGCCCAUGCACGUGUUACAAGAUGGGCGUCAAGAACAUAGACCUCGACCCAAAGAACAUUGACGGCUACCCGCUCCCCGGAUCUGACUGCACAUACCUUGGGCUCUGCUCCUUUGCUUGCAACUACGGUUUCUGCCCCAGCGAGUACUGUACGAGCGAUGCCGGCGCCAAAGACAAAUGCGUUGUCCCCGCCCCCGAGCCCGAUCCGGAUGACCAAACCCAGUCAUGCACCUCCGGGACGGGUGAGGGCAACUUGGCUGGUCUCUGCAGCUUCUCUUGUGGUCGUGGUUUCUGCCCUGUCCCUCCUUGCAAAUGCACCGGAGUCGGACCCAGGAUUACGCCUCCUCCCGAGACAGACGACCCUGGUUAUCCGAGACUUGGAUACGGCCUUGAGUACAAGGGCCUGUGUGACUUUGCUUGCUCGCGUGGCUACUGUCCUGAGGGUGCCUGCUCCCGCAGUAAUCCCUAUGGGGCAAUUUCUGUUCCUGCGACAGGAGCAGGCUGCAAUCCGAAAGACCCGGAAGAUUUGUGGCGCUGCAAGGAAGUAACUUGCCCUAGGGGAGACUUGAAAGACCGUGUUCGCUGGCAGGCGGUUGGCGGGAACGAGUUCUUCAAUUAUACCGUCAAGUGGUUCGGUGCUUACAACGACUUUAAUCCCAACCCAGCGACAGGGGACCAGCCCUUCGACGGUACACCGUGGGAAAACAACCCCAUAGAAGCCAUUGCUUACUUCUUCUCGGGAGAAAACGAUAAGGGGGGCACCAAGGUCUCGGCUCGAGACCUGGACUGUGAAAUCUUGGGGGAGGGUGGCGGCUGCAGCGAUCCUCAGAGCUUUAAAUGUGGCACAACCGACUAUGCAGCGCUGGACUUUUUGUUGACGUCCUUUGUCAACAUCCACAACUUUUACAACACCAUGUACCAGUCUCUGACCGACGUCCAAGCAGACCUGACCCUGAAGCUCGAGGAAAUAGCAGCGACCUUUUGGCAGAGUGACCUCAGCGCCCUGGCCAUCUUCAAGGCCAUCCUGGGGCUGUUCUCCCUGAUACUAACGCUCGGUGGUUCUGCCAUGUGGAGUGAGCUGUUCAGGAUUGGCUCCUUCAACUCCAUCAGUGACGCUGUUCCAAUCGACGCCAUCUCGGAGGCUGUCGGCAUGUUCAGCACAGGGUUUGACUACGUUUCACAACAAGCCGAAGCCCAUGCCGUUAGCCAGAUUCAAGUCGAGACCACCCUGAAAGCAGCGGCUACGGAGUUCUUCAACCAGGCGAGACAGUGCCUUGACACGUGGAUGAAGCGGACAUUCACCGGGGAUUGGGACAGCUACGAGAGGCUUUUCACACACGUAAAGGACGGGUUGUUCCUCUCGGCGCGUUCCAGAUCGAGCUACGACUUCUACCAGGCCCUAUCCCCCGUGGUGACUGGCAUGAGCAUCGUCGAGACUUGGAAGAUGGAAAGCCCGCUUGCCAUCAUCUACGAGCAGGGGGAUCACGCCGAGCCAAGGUUCGAUCUCAUUUCGUCGGGCGCCGAGUCUCAUCGAGUCCGUGUGCCUGACCAAGACUACACGCUAUGGAUCGUCAACACGGCCAACUGCGGCGGAAGUGGCGGCGAUGCCUGCAUUGGCGGCGCCAUCAAACCCACUGGAAUCGACGAGCUAGAAAAGGCCGACAACAAAUGGAAGCUGACCAAGGAAGACAUUGCCCUGUCCAGUUUCUACGGCUACAUGCUCAAUCGCCAGAGCAACCCUAUCCGACCCAUGCCAAGUGCGAAGGGGAUGGACGCCUCUGGCAGCCCGUUCCCUUAUGCCGAGGGUCUGAAAACUCCCGGCAUCUUCCCCAUCCCGGUUUGCGAUUCCGAGCUUUACAAGCUGAAUCUGGUCAAGGACGGGCUGAGUAAAACCCAUAAGUGUGAGUAUUUCCCUUGCUGCGAACGGAGAUACUAUGAAUAGGGGGGCCGGAUGUGAAUCGGGAUGUGGUAUCCAGGUCAUGAGUCUUCGAGACGGCAGCAAUUCAACAUCAUGUACAAGAUACAUGUUAUCCAGUUUGGUUUUCGUUUUUUGAUAGCUCGCAUGCAGUUAUCGUCGGUGCAAGGCAUGCCUGUAUGGUGCUGUAUCCAC